UGGAAGAUCCUGACCAGGCUCGAGCGAAAAAGCAAAGAUCAGAUUACGCCAUAUCUGAGUGUAAAGAGAAAGUUGAAGAAGUUUCUGCUGUGGUGAAGUUGCCAGCCAAGACAACAAGUGAACGCCAGAAGGCUUCAGUCAGCAAUGCCGCUCCAAUCACAGAGUCUGCGGAAGAGACUCAGUCCACUGCUGACCGUUCAUCUAAAAGACCAACAGGUUCUGCGGUAGAAAUAGAAAUGCUACAAAUUGAUAAAAUGCCUUGUGGAACCAAUACUUGCUUGAAAAAGGAAACACUAUCCCUUUCUCACAAGACAAUUCCGUGUCUGAGCACAAGCAGGAAUGGCAAACACCGCAUCAAACCUGCUCCAGACAGCAUCUUAACACUGAGGCCACCGAUUAAGGAGCGCACUGUGCCAGAAUCCACGACUUCAGAAGUCAGCAAAAUGGGGAGGCUUUUCUGUACUGCUGAAGAGGAUGUUCAGCGAGGAGAAAAGGAGAAAUACAAACAGCUCUUGGAACUGGUAAAGGAAAAAUAUCCUAGAAGCCGCCCUAAUCCACAGCUGACAAGCUUCUGCAAUAUUCAAGCCUACUCCAAGGAACCAGUGAUGACUGUGAGUCACCUGGAAGAACAAAAAUAUGGAGGAGAUGUCUAUCCAUGUAUGACACUAAGGACCAGUAUCAAAUGUGCAGAUGCUUGCAGCCCACAGUGGUCUCAGAGAAGUGAUACGAUCAGGUACUACACACCAGCAGAAAACUCUCAUGAACAGGGAAGACCAGUGAAACAAGCCAUUGCAGGGAGACAGUAUGGAGCUGAAAUCUCAGAAGAGGUAUUAUUCCAAUUACAUCUGGCACCUGUUCUGCCCAGAAAGUCAUCUGCCCUUGGUGUGGAAGAAAAGAAAUUCCCAAGCUCAGAAAAAACAGUAGAACGCUUUUCUCCGCUCACAGAGGCCAUGGAGAGAGAGGUCAUUGCUGCAUUUGGCAAAGGUGAGCCAGAUGAAAUCAUGAGCAGUGCCUUCAAACUAAAGGUCACUCGUGAGGACAUCCACACGCUAAAGAACCUUCGCUGGCUAAAUGAUGAGGUCAUUAAUUUCUACAUGAGUCUUCUGGUGGAAAGAAAUAAGAAGGAAGGGUAUCCAGCAGUCCAUGCUUUUAGUACUUUCUUUUAUCCCAAACUAAUUUCUGGGGGCUACAGAGCAGUAAGAAGAUGGACCAGAGGUGUGGAUCUCUUCAAGCAGGACCUCAUCUUAGUGCCCAUUCACUUGAGAGUGCACUGGGCACUAGUGGUCAUAGAUGUCAGAAAGAAGACCAUCAAAUACUUUGACUCAAUGGGACAAAAAGGGGACAAGAUUUGUGAAACUUUGUUCCAAUACCUGCAAGAAGAAAGCCGGGAAAAAAGAAAUCUGGAGCUGACUUUUUCAGAGUGGACUCUUCGCAGCAUGGAGUCACAUGAAAUCCCUCAGCAACUGAAUGGAAGCGACUGCGGGGUUUUUAUGUGCAAAUACGCAGAUUAUAUCUCCAGAGACAAACCGAUAACCUUUACGCAGAAUCACAUGCCUUACUUCCGCAAGAAGAUGGUGUGGGAAAUAAUCCAUCAGCAGCUGCUCUGAGACAUGCACUAUUAGAGUAACACUGUGAUCACCUUGGGGUGACUUAACUCUUAUUUAAGUUACUUUUCUAAUACCUUAUUUGAAAAGGCAGCAGGCACACAAAUUUUCCUCUUUAGGCUAUGAAGCAGUU